CGGCUCGGGAAAGAUUACAUGGACGAGCACAGAGCCUCCUCUCACCAUUAUGCCUGUUCUACACGCUGAAAUAACAUAGAUCUGAUGUGCAGGAAUGCUAUAAAUCUUCUCCUCCAUCAUGCUGAGUCGCUUGCAUGAGCUCAAGAAAGAAGAGGAGACUCUUCUGAAGAUCAAAGUCAUGCUGCAAGAUCAGCUUAACAGGCUAAAGUUUGAAGAGGGAGCCCUGAAGUCCAUGAUCAGUGCUCAGUCUGAGGACAGCCCAGCUGAUCCUGCUCCUCCUGAGACUGAGGUCAACCCAGACAAUGAAAGUGAGAUCAAUCAGACUAAGCUAACACUAGGUGCUCCCACUGACUAUGAAAUGGAAGAGGAAGAGGAGGAGGAUGACGACGACGAUGAAGAGGAUGAUCUUGACAUGGUGCUUGAGGAGGAGGAGGAGGAAGAUGACGACAACUACUGAGUUUACAUUCAAUUAGCACAAGUGAACUGUCUGACUAUCAGUUAGGUAUGUAAUGAGCAAAAUAGCAUGCCAAAAGAUGUGUUAAUAGGUUGUUCUGUUUCUCUUUUUGUUUAAAGAUGAUGCUAUAAUUUAUUAACUAUAGAUAAGACAACUUGAUCAAACCACAAAAUGAUGUGUAGCAACUAGCAAGCAUAGAAGCUCAGACAUCUUUUCUGGUACUGUAUAUGAGGCGAAGCCUACACUGUUGUCACUUUUGUAAAUGUAAGCCUGCUCCAUUAUUGUAUUUCAUUAAUUCUAUUGAAAAAUAACAUGUAGCUGAUGUUUCAGAUGACUGUACAUCCAGGUUGAAUGUACUUCUAUAAAUGUGUGGACUUCAUAGCAUUUGUAUUUGAGUUGAGAGCUGCCAGAGAUACUUUUAAAAUGUAAUUUGAGAGACCGAGUGAAUGCAUGUGUGUAUGAAAUGCAUGUGCAUGGGUCAUUUCUUGAUGAGCCAGUACUGUACAGUGAUGUCUUUUUGUACUCCAUGAGGAAUAUUGUAUAUGUUUAGUACAGUGGUUUAAAUUACUUAAGCACAAUACAGAAAUUGGAAUCUGUC